CCUGCAGACCUCCGCGCCUGCGCGCUACGGAGCAGGGUGCCGGCGUGCGGCCGCCAUGUCGCCGCGCAAUGGCCGCCGCACCGGCGCUCACCGGGCCCACUCGCUGGCCCGGCAGUGGAAGGCGAAGCGGCGCCGCCGUGACCUGGACGAGAUCCACGGGGACCUGAAGCCUGAGAACGCCGCUCGGCUGCUGCGGCAGGAGCCCGACCCCGACCUGCCGGGCUGCGCCCAGUUCUACUGCCUCCACUGCGCGCGCUACUUUGUGGACCUGACCAGCAUGAAGGAGCACUUCAGGUCCAAGGUGCACAAGAAGAGGCUGAAGCAGCUGCGGGAGGCCCCGUACACGCAGGAGGAGGCAGAACGUGCCGCCGGGAUGGGCUCCUACAUCCCCCCGAAGAAAGUGGAAGUGCAGACCCAGCCGCUCGAGGAAGUUGCCGAGAUGGAGGCGUCCAGCUGAGCCCAGCGGACCGAGGGGCCGGGCAGCUCCCUAAGGGCGUCUUUGUCCUCAGCUUUCCGAGAAAAACAUGCCCCGGCGCAGCCUGCCAGCAAGCGAACGCUCCGCUCCUCCUGGCAGCCCUCCUCGCCAGAGCACUAACGAGGAGAAGGAGCCAGCGGGCCCCCGGGUGCCCUCACUGUGUCCCCCCUUUCUCGGGGAAGGGGCACGCCGCUUGUUCCCUGAGCGCUGGCGUGACUGUACGCUCGUCUCUUUGCUUUUAGAGCGGUUUUAGGCCUCACUUCUCGGGUCAGGGGUUGACCGUGGUGUGUGGUCGCCCAUUAAAAUGUCGACCAACGUG